AUGGCGACCCCGCCUCCAGAGGCUACUCCUGUGGUGAAGGAGGAGAAGCCUCAGCUUCCUCCAUCGCCAACCGGUGUCUCGGCGCCUGAUGUUCCACCAAAGAGUGCUCAAGAUGCGAUGGACACUAAGCCAGAUGCCGCGCCUGCAAUGCUUCAGCCUCCCCCAAAUCCCCCCGCUCUCCCGACGGCUGCCGACAACCCGCUGCCACCAGCAUCGGCACAAACUGAGGCACCCUCCACUGCGGAACCUACUCCAGCCGAAGAAGGGAAGGGUUCUGAAAUCAAGGAUACCCCAACCCAGGUGUCUGCUGCUUCAACUCCGGCAAAUCCUGUCGUGAAGGAGACUUCUCCCGCUCUGCAAGCACCCCCAGGUGCUUCUAGUGCACCACCUGAGGCAACAAAUGGCCCAGCUGAUGCAAAGGAGAUGACUAUUGAUGGUGCACCUGCUCAAGUAAAGACCGACCUCCCCCAUCAUCUAACCACCGACAUCAAGAUCAGCAGCCCUCACGGCACCGAUGGAACUUAUCAAACCAACCUGACCGGGGCCGACCAAACUGGUGACCAGGAAAUGAAAGAUGCACCGGAUUUCCCGCCGUCGCCUUCAAAGGCCCAGAGAGAACGUGAGCUGGAUCCCAAUGAGGAACCGGCCGCGAAGCGCACCAAGGUUGAUGGCGAGGACUUCAAGGCUCCAGAAUUGCCGACUCCUGCCACUGAAACUUCUGGCCCCAUCCUCGCAGGUGGCGAAUCGGGCUUGACAAAGAUGCAGCACAAGUUCUUUGUCAAGAGCCUGUCAACCUUGAAGCGGAUGCAUGACUCACGCUUCUACCGUGAGCCUGUGGAUCCAAUUAAGCUGAACAUUCCUCACUACCCAAAUUUCAUCAAGCAGCCGAUGGACCUGGGAACGAUGGAGAAGAAGCUUAAAGCCAACGAAUACUUGUCACCGCAGGCAGUCGUUGAUGAUUUGUAUCUGAUGGUUCAAAAUGCGUUGACGUUCAACGGCCCAGAUCACCCAGUCACCACGGAGGGACAGAAGUUGAAGGCCACAUUUGAUAAGCAAUUGCUGAGCCUCCCCAAGCCCGACGAAGUUGAAGAAAAGAAGAAGAAGAAGGUGGCGGAGAAGACGUCGGCCGCCCGCCGGCCGCCCCGGACUUCUGGUGGUCAGCCCAAGGCGGCCUCGCCUCAGAGCACGACCUUUGCACUGGGACCUGAAGGGUUGCCCGUCAUCCGCCGCGACUCCGCCAACACUGACGGUCGUCCAAAGCGUUCGAUCCACCCUCCCAAGCGUGAUCUUCCGUACUCCACCAAGCCCAAGAAGAAGAAGUUCUACUGGGAGUUGCGAUUCUGCCAGGAAGUUCUGGAAGAGCUUCACAAGGCGAAGCACCGCGACUGGGUUUUUCCUUUCUACGUCCCCGUCGAUCCGGUCGCUCUGAAUAUUCCUACUUAUCACAGCGUGAUCAAGAAACCCAUGGAUCUGUCCACCGUGCAGUCUAAACUUCGAACAGGGCAGUACGAGAACUCCAAGGAGUUCGAGAACGACGUGCGCCUUAUCUUCAAGAACUGCUUCCGCUUCAACAUCCCUGGCGACCCAACCUAUCUUGCUGGACAAAAGACGGAAGAGAUCUUCAACAGCAAGUGGGCACAGAAGCAGGAAUACGUGGACACUCACGACCACGCAAACCAGGAGCACAGUGAUUCGUCCGAUGAAGACAGUGAUGACGAGGAGGAGGAAACCGAGGAGGAUGAACGCCUCAGCAUGUUGCAGAAGCAAAUCGCGGAGAUGUCCCGCCAGGUUGAAGCCAUCACUUCCAAGAAGAAGAAGACUCCUCCUUCCUCCAAGAAGGCUGGCAAGGCGAAGUCGGGCAAGAAGGAUUCGCGGAAGAGCGGAGGCGCCAAGAAGGACAAGAAGUCCACCGGAUCCAAGGCCGACAAGCCUCGCUGGGUUUCCUACAAUGAAAAGCAGAUCAUCUCCAACGGCAUCAGUAGCUUGCCCGAUAAGAAGAUGCAGGAGGCGCUCAAGAUUAUCCAGAACAAUGUUCCUGCUCUCAAGGGUACCCAAGAAGCGGAGAUCGAACUGGACAUUGACGAGCUUCCCAAUGAUGUCCUGCUCAUGUUGCUCAAAUUCGUCAAGAAGAAUGCACCGCAAGUCAUGGAAGGCGAAGAAUCUCCUCCGCCCAGCAAUGUCGCGGCUCCCAAGCCGAAGAAGAACAAGCCCAUGAGCAAAUACGAGCAAGAGGCUCAGAUCAACAUGCUUAAGAACAACCUUUCGCGCUUCGAGUCUGGUGCACGCUCCCCUGACCCCGUUCCUUCUGUCGAAGCCAACGAAUCGAGUGAUGACGACUCGGAUGAUUCCGAGGAGAGCGAAGAGGAGUAG